AUGCUCGCCCGUGCUGCUAGGCCCGCUUUCACCGCCCUCGCCGCGGCCUCCUUGCCAGCGGUGAGGACCGCAGGCUUCCACUCCUCGGGCGCCCAGCUGGCUACCCUGAGGGAGUUGGAGCAGCGUGUCAAAUCGGUCCGCAACAUCGAGAAGAUCACCAAGUCGAUGAAGAUGAUUGCAGCCACCAAGCUCAACAAGGCCCAGCGCGCCAUGGCUGCUGCGAAGGCGUACGGCGAGGCCAACAACGAGGUCUUCAAGAACUCAGAAGCUGUUGCUCCGGAAGGCGGCCGUGAGCUCUUCAUUGUUGUUUCGUCGGACAAGGGUCUCUGCGGAGGUAUCCACUCGUCCGUCUCGAAGCGCGCGAAGAUCGAGUUCGCCAAGGUCUCGCCUUCCGCUGGUGAUGCGCACUCUUCCGACGGCCCUUCAAUCGUUGUGCUGGGUGACAAGCCCAAGGCGCAGCUCGGUCGUGCUAUGCCCAACAACCUCGCCCUCUCCUUCAACCAGAUUGGCAAGGAUGUUCCGACCUUUUCCGAUGCUGCUGCCAUUGCCGACCUGAUCUUUAAGUCGGGCCUUGAGUUUGACAAGAUCAGCAUCAUCUACAACGCCUACAUCUCCGCCAUCGCGUUCGAGUCGCACAUCAUGGAGGCGUACAGCGAGCAGGCGCUUCGCAACGCACCCAGCUUUGCCGCUUACGAGCAGGAGGAAGACACGACCAAGGACCUGGCUGAGUUCUCCCUCGCCAACGCCAUCUUUGCCGCACUCGUCGAGGGCCACGCUUCGGAGAUCAACUCGAGGCGUAAUGCUAUGGACAAUGCUUCGAAGAAUGCCGGAGAGAUGAUCCAGAAGCUGUCGAUGGAGUACAACCGAGGCAGGCAGGCGGCGAUCACCAACGAGCUCGUCGACAUUGUCACUGGUGCAUCGGCGGUCUAAAAGGGGCAUUCAUUCGCCCGAGCUUCAGUGACUGUUAGAGCAUGUAUUUGGAUCCAACGAAACAUGCAUUGAAACCCAG